AUGUCUGACACCCCUCCAGCUGCUCAUGGCCAUGUCCGACACGGAAGUCCUGUUGUGGCCUUCCUUAUUGGACUUUCUAUCGUCUUGACCGCCAGUAUUGCGAAUGCUGGCGGCCUGACAUUAACGAAACUUGCUCAUCUGCGGAGCAAAGGUAUCCCCAAAGCGCAACGAAGUCGAUUUCAGCCACUGAGCAUCCUGGGCAUGGGGCUUUACAUUCUUAGCCAAGUGUUAGGCUCGACGCUAGCGCUGGAGUACAUGAGAGCCGAAUACGUUGCACCGCUGGGCUCGUCUUCUCUCAUAUUCAACUUCCUAUUCGCUCGCUUCUUGAUUGGUACUCAAGUUACCAGCGCUGAUAUCUACGGAACCAUCGUUGUCGUCCUCGGGGUCAUCGGCAUCGUUGCUUUUGGCUCCAUUAACAGUGGUCUCGGGACCGAAACGGACGUUGAUCAUUUGACGCGUCUGUGGAGGCGAGGACCAUGGCUGGGCUAUUUCUUCAUGAUGUCUUUGGCCCUCAUCGUCCUACUCAUCGCCACCUACAAACUUGAUGCCCUCCUUGCCGCACGCUCUGAGCUUGAUGCUGAUCCACGACCAUCUAAGCGACACCAGAUUUCACGAGGUCGCAAUGUGGUCGUGAGAGCGUGGCAAACCGUGUUGGGCCUCUGGGAGUUAGGCAUGGGUAUGCUUUCAGAAUGGCUCGAGUGGUGGACGGGUCCCAAAGAUGACACGACAAUUGCAUGGACUCUGGGAAUUGGCUGGUCGUGCUGUGGAGGAGGGCUCGCUGGCGGCUGUCUGGUGUUUUCCAAAGCAACCGUUCAACUUAUCUCAGGCUCUCUCAGUCAUGAAAAUUCGGGGAAUCAGCUGGGACAUGCUGCGCCUAUCUUCACUAUUUUACUCCUUGCGGCGACUGCGGUCACCCAGAUAAUAUGCUUGAACCGAGGGCUCCAAAUCUAUGACUCUACCUUGGUUGUACCCGUCUUCUAUGGAGUGUACACGGCAGCUGGGUGGUUGAACUCAUUGAUAUUCAACGACAACGUCGACUCGUACCAAUCGUGGACACUCUUCCUGAUUUUUCUCUCCAUCUUUGUCCUGAUCUCGGGUGUGGUCCUCUUGACCCACAAGAAACCCGAGCCGGGUCCCCUUUCUGCGCAUUCAUCAGUCCCAUUGGGGUCUUCUGGGUUGCCACGAAUGCGGCAACGGAAAAAAGCUGGACUGGCGCCGGAUCUUGCGAGCGCCGAACAAGGAGAUGUGGUCGUUGGGAAUGAGCAGGAAGUGUUGUGGGGCAUUGGCGAUGCCAGUGAUGACGAGGACGACGAAGGUCAAGAUGAGGACAUUGACCACCAUCAGCACCCACUCAGCGCCACCCCGACGCCCACUACCAAGAGUCGAGGGAAUGGUGAAGAGGGUCAUGGCUUGCUUUCCCGCGAUGAUGAAGACCACGACUUUCCACCAACUCAUGACAAUCUACAAAUGCAGCGACGAUAA